AUGGCUGACGAAGAUUCUUCGGAUUUGUCUUCGCUGUCCUCGUUGUCGCCAGUUCCGUCCGACAUCGAAUCCGAAGCUGAGCCCGAAGCUACGACGAAGGGUGACAUCCGGAAGUUCUUCCCCAAGCUUGCCAAAGGCAAGAAAGCUACCGUCGCGACCAAGGAGCCCUCGCCACCGCCUCGCAAGCGAUCGCCAUCACCACCACACGAGAAUGCCUUCAUAGAUAACCCAGACAUCGCUUUUCUGGUAAUGUUCCGCAGCCGAUUCAACGAGGCAUUUCCGAAAUCCUUGGCCAACUUUGGUCCCCAAGAGCUCGAACAAGACAUCAUUGGCAACCCUCCUGGAGAACGAGUCGAAGCUUUUCUGUGCGCAUUAUUGUUUCUGCUCUUGAACCGAAAGCAGGACGUCAAGUACGUCGACGCGACAGCAGAUAUAAGGUCUUUCAGGGUUGCUAAUUGGCGCGAUAGGACUGGCCAAUACUCCAAGGCUGUGGACGAUGCUCUUUCAGCCCACAAGUCCCAGUGGCCACGAUCGUGGGAAGGGGCCAACCCACUCUCGGGUAGCAACACGUUUCACAGCAUCACACCCACUCAGAGACUGUCUCUGCUUCGCGCAUUGGCCCUGUGGUCUCUUUCAGCAUCCGAGAUUGUCAAGGCUAUCAUCAACAAAUCCUACAAAGGAAAUCGCCACGAUGACGACUUGAACCAGCCGCUCUCGGUUCAGCCCUGGGGCUCAGACAGUGACAAGAGACGGUACUUUCUGAUUGAGGGCUUGGACGACACCGCUUUCCGUGUCUAUCGAGAGAGUAACCCUGCGGGUUUCAAUCGCACUUGGUGGUCAGUAGCUGGAUCGAUCGACGAGCUUAAGGUCCUUUCCGAGAAAUUAGAAAGCAAAGAUGGCGGUCCCAAGGCCAGGAAGCUUGCAGAGAAGAUGACGGCGGCUAUUCCUCGAUUUGAGGGUACUGAAGAGAAACGACGACGCAGAGAAUACCGGCAGGCUCAGAAAGCCCGAUUUAAACGUCCCGAGCCGGGCUUCUCUGUCUAUGAGGGCCGCACGAGAGGCAAGCGAAUCAAGUAUACCUACUCCGACGAUGAGGACUUCCUCACAGAUUCGUCCAACAGGCGCUCAGCGCGCAACACUGGCACGAGUACUCCAGCGGAACCAGCAGGGCCGGUGACCACCGCCAGCGGGCGUCAGAUCAGAGCUCCGCCGCGAAUGAACGGGAGCAGUGCAGCAAAUAGCGUCAACGGAGACUCAGAAGAUUCUCGCCAGCAGUCAGAGCCUACUGCUGGCCCUGGAGGCCGGCCACGGAGAGCCGCAGCAGUCAACCAUGGAACUAAUGGCUGGUCAUCCAAAGGAACUCGGACUCGGGGACGCGACUCUAUGGAUGACGAUGACGAUGACGUCAGCGAGCCUGACUUGGGCGACGACGAAGAGGACCAUGUUCCAGAUGAGAGUGAGGAAGACGAUGACGAAUUGGACGAAGACGUGGAAAUGGCAGAUGACGACUUGCUUGAUGAACCUCGAAAGAGCUUGAUCGUGAAGCUGUCGGUCAAGAAGUCCCCAACCACAACGAAGACGGCCAUGAUAACUCCCGCCCCAGAGGAUGAGAAACCCUCAUUAAGAGACGACGAAAUGGUUGAUGAGAUUGUCGCCAAACCUAGAGAAAACACACUGGAGCCCGUCAUCAACGUUGCGACUACGAAACAGCCCCUGAGCCCGGCUGCUGUGCAGACCUCCUUAGCUUUUAGAGGAAGCCCGGACAAGUUGCAAUCUAUGCUGCAACAAGUGGAUGUUGGUGCGCGUGAGUAG